ACGUGCAGAUGUUUACGUCCUCCUCUCUGUGACGUCACUGUCAUCGUCGGAUGCGAAACAUUCGCGAUGUUAAAGAUGCGGAUUAGCGAACAAAAGGCCUCGCGGGGGACGCGACAAGCGCAGGUGUGAACGCGCAGUAAUGCGCGCGUCAGCGGACGAGUCGGGACACAAGAACAGACGGGAAAUCGGUGUUAUUAACGGUCCGAGUGUUUUUUUCCUCCGCGUCCGUUAGGCCGUGGUGCCCGGAUUCCGUGUGAACGCGCUUGCUCUCUCUUUAUCAUGUCGUUCGCGAUGGAGGACGCGCUGGAGUCCGGCUGGGUGUCGGUGCGACCGAAUGUGUUCGAGGAGAAGGAGAAGCACAAGUUCGUCUUCAUCGUCGCCUGGAACGAGAUCGAAGGAAAGUUCGCCGUCACGUGCCACGACCGAACCGUCCAGAAACGGAGCGCCGCGCGGGACUCGCUGCUCGAGGGCGAGCAUGCGGCCGGAGACGCGCCUCCCCCGGUCAAGAGCCCGGGCCGAGAGCGAGCCGAGCCCGGUAGAGCGGAGCUGGAGCUCCCGGAGCCCGAUGACCCGCCGCCGGACUCCAGCUGGGCCGGACUCUUCUCCUUCCAGGACAUGCGCGCCGCUCACCUGCAGCUGUGCGCCGUCAACUCGGACCUGGAGCCGUGUCUGCCCGCCUUCCCCGAGGAGCAGACGGUGUGGUCGGUGCUGUUUGGGGCCCCGGAGCUGAGCGCGCGCGACACGGACGCGCUCUGCUUCCAGCUGCAGGUGUACCUGGGGCACGCGCUCGACACCUGCGGGUGGAGGAUCCUGUCUCAGGUGCUGUUUCCGGACAGCGAUGACUCCGAGGAGUACUACGAGAGUCUGAGCGAGCUGCGGCGGAAGGGCUUCGAGGACGCGCUCCAGAGAGCCAAGACACACCUGCAGCAGCUGCUGGAGAAGCAGCGCGGCGUGGAGAGGAUGGUGGAGCUGCUGCAGCUGUACGCGGAGCAGGACGAGGCGUAUGGAGAUCUGGUGGAGGCCACCACUGAACUCUACCACUAUCUUCUGCAGCCCUUCAGAGACAUGCGGGAGCUGGCCAUGCUGCGCAGACAGCAGAUCAAGAUCUCUCUGGAGACGGAGCGUCUGGGUCCUCGGCGGGUGCAGUCUCUGCGCAGGGAGGAUGAGGACUGGCAGAGGAAGGCUCACACAGCAGUGCUGUCCAUACAGGACCUGACGGUCAAAUACUUCGAGACCACGGCCCGCGCUCAGAAAGUGAUGUACGAGCGCAUGCGUGCCGACCAGAAGAAGUUUGGGAAAGCUGCGUGGGGGGCAGCAGUGGAGCGCAUGGAGAAACUCCAGUACGACGUUUCUAAAGAAACACUGCAGCUGAUGCGUGCCAAAGAGAUCUGCCUGGAACAGAGGAAACACGGACUGAGAGAGGAGAUGCAGGGUCUGCAGGGGGGCGAGGAGGCCAUGGUGCGUCUGGAUCAGCUGGAGACCAUGUACUACGAGCUCCAGCUGCAGCUCUACGAGAUCCAGUUUGAGAUCCUGAAGAACGAGGAGCUCCUGCUGACGGCGCAGCUGCAGAGUCUGCGCAGACAGAUGAGCGAGAGGCAGGAGGAGGUGGUUUACUACGACACCUAUGAGAGUCCUGACGCCAUGAAGUCCAGCGACGACCCCUCGACCCCUCUGACCCCCCCCAGAGACGACGUGGCCAAGCUCCAGCAGAGGACCAGACAGCUGGAGGCCCGCAGAGGACGCAUCACCGCCAAGAAAGCCUACCUCAAACACAAGAAGGAAAUCUGCAUCAUCAAUCACACGCAGAAACGGCAGGGCGGCCCAGAUGGCGUUUCCCAGCAAGCUUUGCUGCAGGAUGAAGAGGAGGAAGAGGAGCAGCGGCAGUCCAGAGAGAGUCAGGAGAGACAGAGGACACUGGACCGACUGCGCAGCUUCAGACAGCGCUACCCGGGUCAGGUGACCCUGAAGUCCACUCGUCUGCGUCUGGCGUACUCCAGGAAGAGAGCGGGUCCGAGGCCAGAGCAGACGCAGACGCAGGCGGUCAGUGUGCAGACGGACGACGCUCUAGCAGGAGUCCCCGAGCUCCGCCGGCCAGAGAGCUUCCUGUCGCUGCCUCCGAUGGGCGGAGCUGUGGCCGAAGCCCCGCCCCCUGACACACACACAUCACUUCCUCCCUCCAGAGAGCUGCUGCUGCUGGACUCGUCCACCUCGCCCAUGUCCCCGCCCCCUCCUCCCCCGCCCCCUCCCCCUCCUCCCCCACCCCCCUCUCUAGAGGACACGCCCCCAGACGCCCCCCCGCUGACCGCCAGACCGGAGUCUCCCCUCGGACCCUUCACCGCACGCUUCUUCGACAGCAGUCAGCUGCUCAACGCCAGGAAGAAGCUGAGGAAGACGGCGUCGCUGGAGUCCAGUCAGUGGAGGAGAGCGAGCUCCCCGAUGGACGAGGUUCUGGCCAGUCUGAAGCGCGGGAGCUUCCACCUGCGGAAGGCCGAGCUGCGUGUUCUGGCUCCCGAUCCGGACGAGGACGAGGACAACAACAUCCUGGCUCAGAUCCGUAAGGGAGUGCAGCUGCGUAAGGUGCGCAGACAGGAACGCAGCUGCAGAGGAGCGACUGCGAUGGAUUCUGACCCGCUGACCCGCAGCAUCCACGAGGCCCUGCGCCGCAUCAAAGAGGCUUCACCCGAGUCUGAGUCUGAGUCUGAGGAUGAGACGCCCGCCGGCGCCGACUGGGAGAGCUGAAGCCCCGCCCCCAGCCUCAUCAUCAUCAGUGUGUGUGUACCUCACAGCAGAUCACUGAAGCACAGGCUGCUCGGAGAGUUUAUUACACUUACUACUCCUUCAUUUACUCUUAUUCUCCUCUUUUUGUCUUGACGUAUGUUUGCAGGAGACUCCAUUCAUGUUCUCCUGACCCUCGAUCUGACCGACGUCUUUAACCAACAACACAAAACAUUACAAUAAAA